AUGGAUGCUAGUAAGAAGUAUGAGAAUCCUAAUCCCAAACUGUCGGCGAAUUUUUUGAGUAAACUAAUAUUUUGGUGGUUGAAACCGUUGUUUUGGCACGGAAGAAAACAUGAUCUUCAAGUCAAAGAUAUAUAUAAUGCCAUGCCAGAGGAUGUUAGUCACCAUCUGGGAGAUAAACUUGAAGGGAAUUGGCUUAAUGAAAUUGGAACGGCUGAAGAAACUGGCAGAAAGCCUAAACUUUUUAAUGCUUUGCAAAAAACAUUUGCAUGGUCAUUCUGUUAUUAUGGAGGAUGGCAGUUCUUCUUGGCAGUUGUUGUGAAGGUUUUACAACCGUACGUGUUAGGUCUACUUAUCUGGCAUUUUGAUCCGAGAGCAACAUCCACUGCCUCAGAAGCAUACAGUUAUGCUUCAGUCGUUAUGAUUUUAGCUUUAAUCGGUGCUUUAAUUGUUCAUCAUUCAAAUUUUGGUUUAAUGCAAGUUGGUAUGAGAAUGAGAAUAGCUUGCUCCUCUUUGAUGUACAGAAAGAUACUACGCUUAUCAAAGUCUUCUACUAAUGUCACAACCCCUGGACAGAUUAUAAAUUUAAUGUCAAACGAUGUGUCUAGAUUUGAACAGUUGUUUGUUAUGUUACAUUAUAUUUGGAUUCUACCGAUUCAAGGUGCUCUAAUAACUUUCAUGAUUUGGGAAAGUGUGGGAAUUGCUUGUCUAGCUGGUGUCUUCCUCAUAAGUGUGCAAACUAUACCGUUGCAAGGAUACAUGGGAAAAUGGAUAUCAAAGUUGCGAUUAAAAAUCGCAAUUAGAACAGAUGAAAGAGUGCGCUUAAUGACAGAAAUUAUCAGUGGUAUUCAAGUAAUUAAAAUGUAUACUUGGGAAAAACCAUUUGAAAAACUUGUUAGCAUUGUCAGAAGUCAUGAAGUGGAUGUUCUUACCAUUUCAUCAUACCUAAGAGGUUUCACAUUAGCUACUUUUGUGUUCACCGAGCGAUCAACAUUGUAUUUUACUGUUAUGGCGUAUGUACUUCUUGGAAACAAUAUAUCCGCGGAUAAAGUGUUUUCAAUUGCCCAGUACUUUAAUGUUCUUCAACUUACAAUGGCCAUAUUAUAUCCAAUGGCUGUAUCAUCCGCCGCAGAGGCUAGUGUGUCCAUUAAGAGACUCGAGAAUUUCUUGUUGUUAAAAGAGAACCGUAAGGUGAACAACUCCAAAGAAGUCACUGGAGAUGGCAGUAUUUUACUUAAAAGUAUUACAGCAUCUUGGACGGAGAAUGCAAUUGUAAAUACGUUACACGAUAUUAAUAUUCAAAUAGAAUCAGGAAAACUUUAUGCUGUUGUCGGUCUGGUUGGUGCUGGAAAGAGUUCUUUUUUGCAGUUGAUUUUAAGAGAACUGCAACAAUCGGACGGAGAUAUUCGAGUAAACGGUAGUGUAUCAUAUGCCAGCCAGGAGUCCUGGUUAUUCUCUGGCACUGUACGCAACAAUGUACUUUUUGGACAGCCUUAUGAUCAAAAGAAAUACAAUGAAGUUGUUAGAGUGUGUGCUCUCAACAAAGAUUUUCAACAAUUCAAUUACGGCGACAAAACUUUGGUUGGAGAUAGAGGCGCGUCACUCAGCGGUGGACAACGCGCAAGAAUUAAUUUGGCGAGGGCUGUAUACAGGGACAGUGACAUUUAUUUGCUAGACGAUCCAUUAUCCGCAGUAGACACCCACGUUGGAAAACACUUAUUCAAUGAAUGUAUUAAGAACUACCUUCACGAUAAAACAAGGAUUCUUGUCACGCAUCAAGUACAAUAUCUGAAAAAUUGUGACUAUAUUAUUGUAUUAAAUAACGGUAAAAUUGAAUUUGACGGUACGUUUGCAGAACUUAAAAAUAUGAAACUAGACUUCUUAAGUAUGCUUUCGACGGAAGAGGAGAAACCAGACACAGUAACCGUACAAACCGGUGAAAAUCAUACGUCGCCCGAUAUAUCUCUUAAUUCCGGCAAUUCUAAAGACGAUGAUGAAGCAGAGCCACAAGAAACGGAAGAAUUAAUGGGCAAAGGGAACAUUUCAAAAUCGCUUUAUUGGCAAUAUUUCCGAGCCGGUGGAUCGAUUCUAAUGAUCUUAGGUUUUCUUGUCGCUUUAAUUUUAGGACAGUUAGGAAGUAGUGGUAGCGAUUAUUUCGUUGCAUAUUGGACAAAGCAAGAAGAAAUGCACGUCAAAAAUAAUAUUAAUCACACGUUACAAAUAUUUACACAAAAUACUACCUCACCUCGUACGCUUAUGGAAGAUGCAAAUGCACUGAUUAACGGAACGCUUAAUUCAGGCAUAGAUAACUUCAACGAAACGGUCUCGGAAUUAUUAAUAAGCUCAGACAACAGUAGUUUUGAUAACAGUUCAUGGAUUAUUAACACGGGACCGCGUAACCAGUAUUUCCUCGAUUAUGCCACUGCCUUAUGGAUUUACGGAGGUUUAAUUCUUGCGAGUAUAAUCAUGACCUCGGUUAGAAAUAUCAUAUUUUACAAAAUAUGUAUGAAUUCCAGUAGAAAUCUUCAUAAUCUUAUGUUCUCAUCUUUACUGAAAGCACCGAUGCUGUUUUUUGAUACGCAUCCCUCUGGUCGUAUUCUAAAUCGUUUUUCAAAAGACGUUGGAGCAGUUGAUGAAAUUUUACCGAGAACAAUGAUCGAGUCCAUUCAGAUAUUCGCUGUAAUGGUUGGGAUUCUAGCUCAAGUACUUAUCAUUAAUUGGUGGACUGUAUUCCCGAUGCUUAUCAUGGGUUUCUUAUAUUGGCAAAUACGAAAUAUUUAUCUUAACACUGCACAAGAUAUGAAACGUUUCGAAGGAACGACGAAAAGUCCUGUGUUCUCGCACGUUAGCUCUUCGUUAUUAGGUUUAAGUACAAUUCGUUCAUCCUCGGCCCAAGAUAUGGUCCGUAAGGAAUUUGAUAUUCAUCAAGAUCUUCAUACCAGCGCCUAUUACUUGACUAUCGCUACAAGUACCGCUUUCGGAGUCGCACUGGAUAUUGUUUCCCUUUGUUUCAUUGCCUUCAUUAUAUACAGCUUCAUUGUAAUUGACGAUGGAAAUAUAUUCGCGGGAAACGUUGGUUUGGCCAUAUCGCAAGUGUUGAUUUUAUGCGGAAUGCUUCAACAUGGAAUGCGACAAACUGCGGAGACAAUAGCACAGAUGACCAGCGUAGAACGAAUUUUACAAUUUACACAACUCGAUAAAGAGGGACCAUUUGAAAGCGAGCCUAACAAAAAGCCAUCGGUGCAGUGGCCUUCGAAAGGAGAAAUUCGUUUCGAUCAGUUGUCUUUGUGCUACGACGAUUUAGCGCCUUCUGUCCUUAAAAACUUAACUUUCCUUAUCAAAGCCGGUGAAAAGGUAGGAAUAGUUGGUCGUACUGGCGCAGGCAAAACUUCGCUGAUAUCAGCUCUAUUCAGAUUAGCUAAAUUGGAAGGCAAAAUUUGUAUAGAUGAUUUGGAUACGAAACAAAUAGGUCUACAUGACUUGAGAAAAAAAAUCUCUAUUAUCCCGCAAGAACCAAUAUUGUUCUCGGCGACGCUUCGUGAUAAUUUGGAUCCGUUUCAUAAUUACGACGACGCUACACUUUGGGCCGCCCUUGAAGAUGUGGAAUUGAAAUCGAGCGUAUCGACCCUCGAUUAUUUCGUUGAACAAGGAGGAAGUAAUUUCAGCGUGGGCCAACGACAGUUACUUUGUCUAGCAAGAGCAAUCAUAAGGAACAACAAGAUUCUUCUUCUUGACGAGGCUACCGCUAACGUAGACCCUACGACUGAUGCCUUGAUACAAAAAACUAUCAGACAAAACUUCAAGGACUGCACAGUAUUAACUAUAGCACACAGAUUAAACACAAUAAUGGAUAGCGAUAAAGUCCUAGUAAUGGAUCGUGGGCAAGUGGUUGAGUUUGAUCAUCCGUACAUUCUGCUUCAAAAUGAACAGGGACAUUUCACCAGCAUGUUGAAAGAAACUGGAAAAGUGAUGUUUGAGCAACUGAGGAAAGUCGCAGAAGAGGCGUACAACGAUACUUUUACACAAACAGAAUACCAAUUGCAUCCAUUGGGGCUCAAUGGAAAUACUAUUGUAAACGGCAAAUAAGUGAACAUUGAUGUACUUAUUAUAGGAAAGUACUUACUAUCCGUUGCAACUACUUUUACGAUUAAUCUAUUUGU